UUUAUCAAAAGGAAUAUAAAUACAUUUUUGUUCUAGGAUUUAUUUAUCCAAUAAAUAAAUAGAUAAAUAAAUAUGUGUUGUAUAAGUAGGGGUUAUGUUGAAUUAAAUGACUAAAAAGGUACUACUGCGGGGCAGGAUUAGCACAACAGUGUGUCCAGUCAAUUGAUGCAUGUAUGUAGACAAUGAUAUACGAAAAUAGUAAAUGUGCUUCCGUUGGUUGAACAUAGUGUAGGGUGUUAAAAUGGAAAAGCUAAAGCCUUUCAGCUUUACCUCUACAAGCCAUACAGCUGUAUAGCUACGUAGGCUAGAAUCAUUCAAUUGAGCUUCUACUUCUAUAUUAUUAACACAAUAUCUGUGAAUCGCUGACAUCUGCUGCCCUUGUUUCAAUUCAUGAUUUUUGAAAUGUUCAUUGACUUUUUUUUAAGCGUUUCAAAUCAAUUGAGCAUAGAAAUACGGACACUGGAACCAGGUUUGUAAGACUGAGAGGGUUGCAGGUACAGCCCCAGUUCACUCAUGACACGUUUUGUUACCGAGUCACUUCUGUUUUGAAGGUUUGAGAAUUUCCAGUUUUCUGUCAAAGGGGGAUUUUUUAAAAAGUCGUUAUUGUUUUGUUUCUUUGUUUCUUUUUGUCUCUUAAAAAAAAAAAGAUUGAUUUAAUGCUUUCCAUAGUUGGGUAUGCUAUGAUAUCUUUGGACAAUCGAUCAAUUGGUGCAUCCCUUUCUGUUACCACCAGAUGUCCUGCUGUGUCUUUUGUUGCACACUGUACAACAGGGGUCCUCAAUUACAUUCAUCCCUGUUAAUAUUUUUCCUUCAGUGGAUGGUCAGGAACAUAGUUAUAUAUGAUUUGUACACUGCACAAUUAACUGCAAAAGUCCCAAACAGAUAUAGUAUUUGACAAAAGCAGAAUCAUUUCAAACAUUCAAUACAUUGAAAUACGAUCGCAUAUGCCUCUUUAUUUAUGCAUGGGAAUAUUUGGGAACAGAUUUGACUAAAUUAAAAUCACUUUGAGCUGAUUCCCUGGUGAUUUUCCAGUGUUUUAUGUCCAACAACAAACACGUUAUGCUCAGAAAACUUGGGGGGCAAAAUAAAAUCACCUGUGGGAUGAAUUUGGCCUGUUGGCCACUUAUUGGGGAACCCUGCGGUACAAGCUAAAUACCCAACAGUUGAGACAACUCAAAUUCAUUAUUGACACUUGCAAAAACAAUAUAUGCUAAUAACAAGGGACAUCAACUCCUAUGUAGCCUCAUAAGUGACGUGUCUUGAACUCUUUCCAAAUGUUGUUCUUAUAGUCAACUACUGUAACAUAUCAGUCUAUUUAUCGAUCAACUGGUACUCUAGAGCUUUAACCACACCUUAUCUGAUUUUCAGAUACACGAAUCUUAGUACCAGCUCUGCUGAUCUGGACCUACUUUGAGACACAAACGACUUGGAUUAUGAUCAUUGGACCCAGCAAUGCCAGAAGGAAUCCAACCGCCACUUCCGCUCCUGGUUCAUGCCCACCUUCUACUCCCUCAUCUGCUUCCUCGGUCUGGUCGGUAACAUCCUGGUGAUCGGUACCUACGUCUACUUCAACCGGCUGAAGACCGGGACCGAUGUGUUCCUGCUCAGCCUGUCCGUCGCCGACCUGCUGUUCGCCGUGUCGCUGCCCCUCUGGGCGACCAACUCCAUGACGGAAUGGGUGCUGGGGCUGUUCAUCUGCAAGGUCAUGCACACCAUCUAUAAGGUCAGCUUCUACAGCGGCAUGUUCCUCCUCACCUCCAUCAGCGUGGACAGGUACUUCGCCAUCUCCAAGGCCGUCUCUGCCCACCGCCACCGCUCCACGGCCGUGUUCAUUAGCAAGGUGACCUCUGUGGUCAUCUGGGUGAUGGCGCUGGUCUUCUCUGUGCCCGAGAUGUCCUACACCAACAUCAGCAACAAGACCUGCACCCCCUACACCGCCGGCUCAGACCAGGUGCGCGUGGGCAUCCAGGUGAGCCAGAUGGUCCUGGGGUUUGUUCUGCCGCUCCUAAUCAUGGCCUUUUGUUACGGCGCCAUUGUGAAGACCCUGUGCCAGGCCCGGAGCUUUGAGAAGAACAAGGCCAUCAAGGUGAUCUUCGCUGUGGUGGCGGUCUUCCUGCUCUGCCAGGUGCCCUAUAAUCUGGUACUGCUGCUGACCACUCUCGACACAGCUAACGGGGGCAGCAAGGAUUGCAUCUACGACAACAGCAUCCUCUACGCCUCUGACAUCACCCAGUGCCUGGCUUUCAUGAGGUGCUGCCUCAACCCCUUUGUGUACGCGUUCAUCGGGGUGAAGUUCCGCCGCGACCUCCUGAAGCUGCUGAAGGAUCUGGGCUGUAUGAGCCAGGAGAGAUUCUUCCAGUACACCUGCGGAAAGAGGAGGAGUUCAGCGGUCGCCAUGGAAACCGAGACCACAACCACUUUCUCCCCCUAAAGCUGCCAAUGCUGCCUUGUCUGACGGCCUUUUCAACAUGGACAAGACCUUGUGCACAGCCUGUGUUUAUUUCUGAUUAUAUUUGAAAUGUUUGCUUGUAAGUGUUCUGUAGGUCACUUAAAAGGUCUAAAGGACAUAUAUGUUUAAUGUAUCAGGCAGCUUACUGGUCGUCACCAGGAAUUUAUUUGGAUCAGGUCUAUACCAUUAAAAAAAAUCAUGUUAUAUAGCUGCAAGUGGAGGACUAGCACUGUAAAUACUCAAUAUCUUUGUAUUAUUUCUGUGUUGUUUUGAGUCUUAUUUCCGAAGUCUUGUAAAUAAAAAAUUAAAUUAAAAAA